CAUCUCUGGGUUAAACGAUUUGGCGGGUCGUAUUCCGGGGAAAAUUAGGAUUUAGGACAUGCCCGAAACGCUAUGCUUGCUCGUGCUUGUACAAGAAUGUAAGAAUUCUUGUAUAUAACAAUAAAAAGAAUACACUGUGGUUUGUUCCCUGACACAAUGAAUUAUACAUACGUAAGAUAUACCGCCUCGAUUGGUUUCCAUAAAUAUAUAAUCAACCAUAUACUUAAAAACCAAAACAAAACUUAAAAUAAUAAUAUAAUGUGAAUUUCAAGAGAGUAACAAGAUGGUGUAAUAGGCCAAAAAACACACACAAAAUAGUAUUAUAACAAGGACUCCUAGGGAGUGUGGUGAGGCAGACACGUCAACAACACACGCCUCUGCUCCCGAUUUUAUUGGCUUCUUAAGCCAUGCCUAAACGCUCUGAUCCAAGAUGGUCUGCUCCUGAGGGAGUUGAGGCCCCGAGACUGUAUCUGUACAAUUCCCUGACACGUAAGAAGGAGCUCUUUGUACCGCAGGAUCAUAUUGUGAGGUGGUACAGCUGUGGGCCCACUGUGUAUGAUGAUUCGCACAUGGGACAUGCCAGGUCUUAUGUUAGUUUUGAUAUUCUUCGUCGUGUUAUGCAAGACUACUUUGGUUAUCGAAUAAAUUAUGUCAUGAACAUCACCGAUAUUGAUGAUAAGAUUAUCAAACGUGCCCGCACCAAGUAUUUGGUCAAGCAGUAUCAAGAUUCGCAGGUUAGAAGGGAGCAAGUGUACGAUGAUAUUGCUGCUGCCAUGGAACACCAUAAUGCCAUCAUUGCUACUACCACUGAUCCGGACAAGCGUAAGAUGCUCAUCGAUGAAGUCCAGAAGGUAAAAGAUGCAGCUCAAGCUUUGAAAGUUGCAACAAACUCACAGAAUGCAGCAGAAGCAUCAUCUAAGCAAGCAGAGCUCUUAGACAGUGCCUCAAGUGUGCUAGGCGAAUGGCUAGAUAAACUUAAAGGAAAGGAUAUAACUGACAACUCUAUCUUUGCUGAACUACCACGCCAUUAUGAAGAAGAAUUCAAUAAAGACAUGGAAGCUCUAAAUGUACUUCCUGCAGACGUUAUCACGAGGGUCUCGGAAUAUGUACCGCAAAUUGUCGAGUACAUUAAAACGAUCAUAUCUAACGGUUAUGCUUAUGAAUCUAAUGGCUCGGUGUACUUUGAUGUGGGCAAGUUUGAUGCCGAACCCAAUCAUUAUUAUGCUAAAUUGGUGCCAGAAGCCUAUGGCAAUCAGGAAGCUCUAGAGGAGGGUGAAGGAGCCCUCUCGUUGAACACCGAACAGGAAAAAAGAAGCCCUAAUGACUUUGCCUUGUGGAAAGCCUCCAAGCCUGGGGAACCAGCCUGGCCCUCCCCAUGGGGUUCUGGACGCCCUGGCUGGCAUAUAGAAUGUUCAGCCAUGGCCUCGGAUAUUUUGGGCGAAUCUCUGGAUAUACACACGGGUGGUGUUGACCUCAAGUUUCCCCACCAUGACAAUGAACUGGCUCAGUCUGAGGCUUACUACAACAAUGACCACUGGGUGCAUUACUUCCUGCACACAGGCCACUUGCACAUAGAUGGCUGCAAAAUGAGUAAAAGUCUGAAAAAUUUCAUCACCAUCAAGAAGGCCCUCGAGGACAACUCGGCUGCCCACCUUCGCAUUGCCUUCCUCUUACAUGCCUGGAAGGAUACUCUGGAUUAUAGCUCGAAUACAAUGGAGGGAGCACGACAAUUUUACAAAAUGUUGAACGAAUUCAACUUGAACAUACAGGACCUGAUUCGUCGCACUGGCUGCACAAGCACAGUAUGGACAUCUGAAGAGAAGUGUCUGCAAUCUUUAUUCAAUUCUGCCAGAGUUAAUGUCCACAAAGCCCUUUGUGACAACAUUGACACGAGAACGGCUUUGGAUCACAUUCGAGACCUCCUUACAGAAGUCAAUAAAUAUAUGAAUAGCAAUGUUAAGGUAAACUCACAAUUACUAAUAAACAUCAACAACUUUGUAGGGAAGUUGAUGAACGUCUUUGGGGUUCCUAUUGGAGAAAGAGUUGCUUCUCUUGGCCAGGAAUCAGAAAAGCUAAUUGCCGUAGCAGAAGUGGUUGCCAAUAUCCGAGAACAGCUGCGGCAGUGGUCUCGCGAUAAAGAAAAGGAUGUCGAGGCACUUCAAGGAGAGCUGCUGGGUCUGUGCGACAGUAUCAGAGAUGAUCUCUUGCCGCCACUCGGCGUUAGAUUAGAGGAUCGAGAAGGGGGGUCCCCAUGCAUCAAGUUGGUAGAUGCAGCAGAACUGAUGCAAGAAAUAAAAGCGAAAAAAGAUCAAGAGGCAGCAAAAAAACAAGAAAAGGCCAAAAAGAAAGAAAAAGCUGUGAAGCAACCCAGUGAGGCACCAAAAGAUCCUAAGGAUAUGUUCCUCACGUCUGAGUAUUCACAGUGGGACAGUAAUGGCAUCCCAACACAUGAUAAGGAUGGAAAGGAAGUCUCAAAAAGCCAGGUGAAGAAGUUGACCAAACUAAUGGAGGCACAGAAAAAGAAGUUUGAUAAGUGGCAAUCUCAACCACAGUCGUAGUAUUUUAACAAGAGUAUGCCAGGUGUUACAUGGUAAAUGGAGCCUCGGGGCUACGAAUUAAUUUAUUGUCAACUACUGUAUUAAUAUUUUACUGCUUUGUCAACAUUGUACUAUUUUAACACAAAUAUUUGUGACAAUUAAACAUGGGAUGAUGGAUUUGA